GCCAAAUGUGUGGUAGUGUUGGCGACAUUUCCACGACAAACACUGGGCAGUCGUCAAAUAAAACGCAUAAAACAACGAGUUAAGCCUCCACCAAGGUGAGCCGUCUAAAACCUCUGGUUGUCCAUCAGUUUACCUGUGGUCCUAAAGAACAGAGCCAGCUGCAGCAGCCACAAACAUGGAUGCUGAUAAUAUUCCUGGACAAUGGAAGAUUAUUAUCUGGAUACAUUUUUUCAUUUCCACAGCCCACUAUAUGGCAGGAGACAGUAUAUGUUGGACAUGCAGGUGUGUGGCAGUGGGAGUGAUGCCGGGAAACGUGGGAAACUCCUCUCACGUUCCCAGGACUGAUAAAUUCUCUGCAUGCCCCGUUUUGGCUCAGAGUGAUCAUGAUGAUCAUGCAACGGUGGCUGCUAAUCUCAGCUCUGGAGAGCAUCUUUUUCUGCAUCUCCAGUCAAUCUUUUCUUCAAAAGAGACAAUGUGCUUUCCAAGUGUCUCCCCAGAACAGCAAUUACACAGCAGCAGGUAAUGUGAGCGGUUCAGUUCAGCUGUGUGAAAGCACUCAGUGCUGUGUUGGCUAUUUUCUGAUCAUCGAUGGCCAGCCAACGGUGGACCUUCUUGCUUGUGAUGUAGCUGAAAAAUCAUGCCCGGAUGAAGUCUGCAAGGCUCAAACCCGCUUCGGUGGGCGCCUCAUAAAGUGUGUGUGCAACACUGACCUCUGCAACAGCAACAUCACAUGGAUCCCAGAGUCUGAUGAGACUCAUCCUACCCUGUCUUAUUCUUCAGAUGGAACAAUGAAAAUCGUUGUAAUUCUGGCAGUAACGAUGGCCCUGUGCUUCAUGGUUGUUUUCGCCAAACGAGGCUUCUUCAAAGAGAAAAAGGAGAAUACGCCUUCCUUGGAUGAUUAUACUUUCACAAAACUGUGUUCCUGCCAAACAGUGAAAACCUCUGAGACUGACAUUUCUGAUAUUAAACUACAGCAGAUUGUAAGUCAUGGACAUUUUGCAACUGUGUGGAAGGGGAGACAUCAGGGAUGUGUGGUGGCAGUGAAAGUUUAUCCUGCAGGUUGGAAAGAUAAAUGGUCUGCAGAGAAGGAGGUUUAUGAGCUACCGCUGAUGAAUCAUGCUGGGAUUGUCCCCUUCCUGGGUGCUGGGAGGAAAACGGAUGGCAGUUGGCUGAUGGUGCUGCAGUUUGCUGAAUAUGGCUCUCUCCAUUCCUUUCUCUGUAAGCACACAACCAGCUGGACAUCAUCUCUGAAUCUGUGCCAGUCUUUAUCACAGGGACUUUCCUAUCUCCACUCUGACCUUCACAAACACGAUAUGCACAAGCCUCCUGUGGCUCACAGGGACUUGAGCAGCUUCAAUGUGCUUGUAAGAGCAGACGGGACCUGUGUGCUGUGUGAUUUUGGAUGCUCUACCAUCCUGCGCUCUUGUUCAGGGCAGCGUCAUCUACAUAAUCGCAUGUCAAUAAUGGAGAGACAGUUGGGCACCCUGUGCUACAUGUCUCCUGAAGUCCUGGAAGGCUCUGUGAACCUCAGGAACACCUGGUGUCUCCUGCAGGGUGACAUCUAUGCUCUGGGACUGCUGCUGUGGGAGAUCUGGAUGCGCUGCUCAGAUUUAUUUCAAGGCACUAUUGUUCCACAGCGUCUGUUACCUUACCAAUCUGAGCUGGGAGUCAAAGUGACAUUAGAAAACCUCAUUGUUCACGUGUGCUACAUGGACCAAAGACCCUCCAUACCUAAACACUGGAAACUGCUACCACAGGGUUCUGCCCUGCAGGAGCUUUUUGAGGAUUGCUGGGACUGUGACCCAGAUGCUCGACUGACUGCUCAGUGUGUGGCAGAGCGAAUAGACCGAUUAGCCUCCUUUCAGUCUGAUUACUCUCAAUGAUUUUUGUCUUUUUAGGAUGCUUUGUUGUGUUUGCAUGUUGUUUGUUCGCAAUAUUACUUUUAAUAAUAGCAUAUUUAGCUUUUCUGUUUAAUUGCAUCAGGUUAAACUGCGUAGGUAGCUUGGGGCACUGGCAUCCUAGCAGUUACGUCUUUGCGCCUCAUGCUCGGAUGUCAUUGUCCUCCAUGCAGGGGGCCUGGGUUCAAAUCUGGCAUGUGAAUCCUUUCCUGCAUGCUUUUUACCACUCUCUCUAUUACCAGUUUACAACUCUUUACCUGUCCCAUCUAUGAUAAUAAAUCAUAAAAGAAACAAUACUAUAGCUCUUUGACUUGUACAUUUUUGAUAUUUUUUAUUUUUAUUGGAAAUUUUGAAACUUAGUAAAUAGAUUGGGAUGCAGCUAGAACAUAAAACCAUUAAAGGGUGUAUCCAUAAAACAUCACGGUAAUAGCUGCCCGGGAAAAAAUGUUUGUUUUCAUUGUUUACCCAUUUCUAUAUUAUUGUUAUCGUGAUUCUAUUUUUUACAUUGUUAAAUAAAGAAAUUGAUACCAAUAAAAA